AUGUCCCGACCUGAUAGCGAGCGGGCACUCGAUAUCUACAAGACAUUUGCGGCGCAGACAGAGGAAGUUGUCAAGUUCCUCGGCGUUGCCAGGCACUUCCAAUCAGCAACGCGGCUCGAAAUCCCCAAACUUAAGCAUGCGUCCACGGACUUAACCCGGCUGCUUGAGGAUGACUUGAACGAUCCGGACUUUGAUCUCCGACGUCGCGAAUAUCUGCUCUCAAAGGGAAAGCCCGCCGGCUCAAUACCAAAAGUCGCAGCAAGCAACACCGGCGGAGUGGGGGUUAGGGCGGCCAGCAAUCCUAAUCCUGCGCCCGCGCCAGCGCGACCUCAAACCGCCGAUCCCAGUUUGACCAAGAAGGAUAACCCUACGGAUCUGAUAGACUUCUUUGAUUCCAUCGAACAGCCGGCACAGCAGCAUUUGGCAGCGCAUCAGAUGCAGCAGCCACAGUUUCAACAGCAACCGCAGAUGAUGCAAUACCAGCAGACCGGCUUUCAACAGCAACCCCAGCCGGGGGCUUUCUACCCGCAGCAAACUGGUUUUCAGCAGCAACAGCCCCAGCCGACGGGUUACGGCCAGCCCGGGGCCUUUGGGGACUCUUUUGACCAGACGGGCCAGACGGGCCAGAACCCAUUCGGGCAACCACCACAGCAGCCAGUUCCCCAACCACUCCAACCUAUGCCGACGGGAGCGGGAUUUGGCGGCUACACACCUCAACCGCAAACCUACCCCCAGUCCAAUCUUGCGCCUAACACGCAAAGCAAUCUCUCUCCGUUCCCCCAGCAGCAGCCACAGCAGUUGCAGCCGCAAACCACGAAUCCGUUCCGGCAAUCGAUGUUAGUGAGCCAGACGACCGGUUCGGGCCUGUCUCCCACGCAGAUCAACCGACAGAGCACCAAUCCUUUUGCGCGACGAUUGUCGGCCGUUAACCCGCAGUUCAACGCUGGCGACAUGUUAUCACAGCAGGCUCAACAGCCUCCGCAGCCUCAAGCUCCUCAACAGCCAGCCCAGCAACUGCAACCCCAGCGAACGGGAACCAAUCCUUUUGCUCGAAGUUCCUCCGUCCCUUCACAACAGUCGCAAGGAUUACAGCCUCCCGCAGCGGCGCCCCUUCGUCCCAAUCCUACCGGCAGCACGAACCCAUUCCGGCAGAGUGCCUUUGUGAACCAGCAGACGGGCCAGGGGUGGCAGAGCAGCCAGCAAGGCACUAUGGGUGGCUACGAGAACCUGGAGACCGUGCCCGUCUUCCCGCGACCCGGGAUGAUGUAG